AAACCCUUUGUACAGAAACCCUAACUAAUACGGCAAAAGAUGUCGUGGAUUGCCGCUUCCCUCCUCCGCCGGUCCCUCCGCGUCCCCAUCUCUUCCGCUCCCUUCCUUCGCCGCGGCCGUCCCCCCUGGAUCACUUCCUCGCUCCUCGCUGAUUCCUCCCCACUCUCUUCUCUGUGCCGCGCGGCAGGGCCGCAGGGCCUUAAGCCGGCUUCCUCUUUUCUCUCUCUUCGCUUCGCUUCGUCUAAGGUAUCCGGCGAUGAGAACCUCAAGCGGGUGAUCGAUUCCGAGAUCCAGUGCGAGCGGGAGUCUGACACCCACGGCCAGGAAGUUGAUGUACCAGAAGACUUGCCUUUUGAAAUUGUUGAUAAUCCUGGUGAUCAAGCAGUCUUCCUCAAAAGAGAAUUUGCUGGUGAGAACAUCCAAGUCACUGUGUUGAUGAAUUUUAAUGAGCACAAUGACUUAGAGGAGAGUGACGAGGACGAUGAUGACGACGAGAGAAAUGAGAAUUCUAUGGAGCCAACCCUAUCUUUGGUUGUAUCAAUUGAUAAAGGAGAGGGUUCUUUUUUGGAGUUCUGUUGCAACCUCAAUUCUGAUGAACUUGAAAUUGAGAGCAUGGUCAUGAAGAAACGUGAUGAUGUUGAUGGCCAAAGUGCAUAUCAAGGCCCCAGAUUUUCGGAUUUGGAUGAGAACUUGCAGCAGGCCUUGCACGGGUACCUUGAAGCUAGAGGUAUCAAGAGCUCCCUGUUUGAUGUCUUGCACAAAUACAUGUUGAAUAAAGAUGACAGGGAGCACUUGGGAUGGUUGAAGAACAUCAAAGGAUUAAUAGCUUAGUGAGGAUUCCACUUGCUUCUCAUUUCAGAAAACGGAGGAGUUUAGGAGUGUUUUUGAGUAAUUCAUCUCUUUUUUCUACAAUAUGAGAGUUAAAAUGACAUAUUAGAAUGCUACUGUACUGAAUCCUCCACCAUGAUUUAUCAUGUAAUUGACUUGUAUUAUUUGAAUUUUGUUGAAGGAUUGAUUUGAACACACAAUGUCACCAAAUUAUAUCAAAAUUAUUGUUGGAUG